AUGUUUUGGAUUUUUGAUAAGUACGCGCCUUGUGAGUGUUUGCCACCAAAUUUGUUCUUGAUGAUCAAUUUUGCUUGUUCCCAAUAUAGCUUCAAAGCAAUCCAAGAAAUGAUCCACCGUGGAGUAGGCUUCUCUUUUCUCCUUGAGAUGGACAUCAUACUUAAAUUGGAGUACAGCCGAUUGCCAUUCCGUAUCGAUAUGGCGCAGAUAGAAGAAUCUUUGACUCAUUUCAACCAAACUUCGGGAACUAUGACAGGUCACCAACCUUGGUCUACUGCUUCCAUUUCUCACUUUGAUCCAUUACAAAGUAAUUCUACUUCUCUUUAUCAGCAAUCACACCCACAACAUUCCUCCUAUUAUUCACCUGGACAAAAUCCCCCACCACAAUUCUUACCUUCGCAACAACAACAGCAACAAGGGUUAUUAAAUAUGCAACCUACGCAAAACUUAGAAACUAUAUCAGCACACACUGGGUAUAAUACUUAUGCAAACAGCAAUCUUCAAGGAAACUUCUAUAUUCCACCUACCUUCGGAACUGACCUUACGCAGCAACAAUUUCAGCAACCCCAACAAACUCAGCAAACUUACCAAAAUUACCAGCAACCACAGCCACUACAGCAACAACAACAUCAGCCUAUCUAUCGUCAUGCUCCAGUGGAUGCCGCUUCUUUAUUGAAAAGUCGCGAAGUUCGCCGAGUAGAAUGUCCUGUAUGUCAUAAAACUAUUGAAGGCGACGAUCCUGCUAUCAAUUACCAUGUCAAUGAACAUUACUCGUAG